AUGCCCGGCUGGAAAUAUGCCUUCUCCCUCAGCAGAGAAGCCGUCAAGGCCGCCACACCCCCGGGAACGGUCCGGCUGAUCGAGCCCACGACCACGGUCGUCAUCCCAGAGGGAGGCGUGACAACAACGGAUCGGUUCUCAAAGUACCCCCUCCCAACCCCAGACCCGGCAGACCCCCUGAACUGGGCCCCGUGGAGGAAGCUGGCGUGCAUCAGCACCGUCUCGCUGUACGCCUUUGUGAGCAAUUUCAUCUCGGCUUGCAUCGCGCCUGCGUUGCCGGUGUGGAAUCUGGAGUUUCCCGAGGAUCAGAGGAAGAUUGAGGAGUUGAUGCAGUUUGUUGCGUACAAUAUUCUCCUGUUGGGGUUUGGAAAUGUAUUUCUCGUGCCGGUGGCGAAUAUCUUUGGGAGGAGGGCCAUUGUCCUUAUUUCGGCGCUCAUUCUGUUCAUCUCCACGGCUGUCGGGGCGACAACCUCCAACUUUGUUGGCAUCUUGGUUGUGAGAUGCUUUCAGGGGUUUGGGAGUAGUGCGUCCGAGACGGUGGUGCCGGCGGUGGUGGGGGAGAUGUAUUUUGUGCAUGAGAGGGGGAGGUGGAUGGCGUUCUACACAGCAGCCCUAGCAAGCGGCUCCGUCGUGGGCGGUAUAUCAGGCGGCUACAUCGCUGUCAGGCUGGGUUGGUUCCAAGUCUUUUGGGUCAGCGCUGUUCUGGCGGGCAUCACAUUCUUGUGUUCGGUCUUAUUCGUCCCGGAAACGAUCUACGAACGUGGAGCCCACUGCUUGCCAAUCCAGAGGAAUCUUCCCCGACCAUCGAGGUACUGGCCCCGGACACCUGCGCCGUACCUCAGUCUGGUUACUUUGCCAUCGAUGAGGAUGACGCUGCCGUCGAGGUUUCGGUAUACCGGGGAGUUGGACCCGACGUAUACAUGGUAUCAGCCGUCAUCUUCUGGGGACCUCAGCAGCUCCACUGCCAUGACACCCACUAGAUUGUCAAAGCAGGUCAGGUCGUCGAGAGCAACGGGCCCGGGGAACUUCUCCUACCACCCUUAUACCUUUUCUGAUUCGCUCAAGUUUGGGAUGUACAGAGGUAGAAUCAAGUACCAGUUUAUGAAGCCGUGGUAUACCCUCCGGCUGCCAGCCACGUGGAUUGCCAUGCUGCAGUAUGGUGGCUUGGUCGGUGCUGUGGCCGUCAUCUCCACCAUCGGACCUCAGCUGCUCAUUCUUCCGCCGUAUGACUGGGGCGCGGACACGGGGCUUUUGUUCAUAGGCGCGUUGAUUGGUAUAGUCUUUGGCGCUAUCACCACUGCCCUCCUAGCAGACCGCCGGUUGAAGGCUUUUGCGAAGAAGCAAGACCACGGUUAUGCCGAGCCGGAGACGAGACUGCCGAUUAUGUUGCCUGCUCUGGCGUUGGGGACGGGUGGGCUGUUGGUGUUUGGGUUCUGUGCGCAGUAUCCGGGGGAGUACCAGUGGAUUGGGCUUCAGGUGGCGUACGGGAUGGUGGCUUUUGCGUUGACGCAGGUGCCGAGUUUGUGGUUCAGUUAUCUCAUUGACGCGUACAACCAGCUCGCCAGUGACUGCUUUGCCAUGAUCUGUAUCUUGAGAGGAAUGGUGCCAUUCAUUUGGUUGCUGUUUGUCAUUCAGUGGAUUGAGAGGGACGGGUAUUUGGUUCCGUUUGGAGGUUUUACGGUGAUUAUGGGGGUAUUUUCGUUGUUGAUUGUGCCGAUAUUGUGGGCGGGGAAGAGGAUGAGGAUUGCUACGGCGAGGUAUGUGGUUGGGAAUCAGUGA